AUGGCGGAGGGCAAGACGGGCGGCGCGGCCGGCCUCUUCGCCAAGCAGGUGCAGAAGAAGUUCAGCCGGGCCCAGGAGAAGGUACUGCAGAAGUUGGGGAAAACUGUGGAAACCAAAGAUGAACGGUUUGAACAAAGUGCCAACAACUUUUACAAUCAACAGGCAGAGGGUCUCAAGCUAUACAAGGAGCUGAAGAACUUCCUUAGUGCAGUCAAAGUAAUGCAUGAAAGCUCAAAGAGAGUGUCAGAAACCCUGCAGGAGAUCUACAGCACUGAGUGGGACGGUCAUGAGGAGCUGAAGGCCAUUAUAGGGAAUAAUGAUCUCCUUUGGGAAGACUAUGAAGAGAAACUAGCUGACCAGGCUUUGAGGACCAUGGAAAACUAUGUAGCCCAGUUUGGUGAAAUUAAGGAAAGAAUUGCCAAGCGGGGUCGGAAACUCGUGGAUUAUGACAGUGCCCGGCACCACCUGGAGGCCGUGCAGAAUGCCAAGAAGAAAGAUGAGGCCAAGAUUGCCAAGGCAGAUGAAGAGUUCACCAAAGCCCAGCUUGUGUUUGAAGAUCUGAACCAAGAACUACUAGAGGAGCUGCCUGUUCUUUAUAAUAGUCGUAUUGGCUGUUAUGUGACCAUCUUUCAAAACAUUUCCAACUUGAAGGACGUCUUCUACAGGGAGAUGAGCAAGCUGAAUCACAAUCUCUACGAAGUGAUGAGCAAACUGGAGAAGCAACAUUCCAACAAAGUCUUUGUGGUGAAAGGACUAUCAAGCAACAGCAGACGCUCUUUAGUCAUCUCGUCCCCAGUUCGAACAUCUGCAGUCUCCAGCCCUCCUACCUCACCUACCAGUCCCUCUACACUUUCCUUGGCAAGUGAGAGGGACUCCAUCUCAGCAAGUGAAGAAGAGCUAACAUCGGAUCCAGCUCGGGGAGAAGACGACUCUGAGACUAAAGAGCCCGUAAAGGAAAAGGAAAUGGAGAAAAAAGAGGCUGAAGCAAACUCCUCUGAGGAGGAAGAGCCUCUGCCAGCCUGCAAUGGCCCUACCCAGGCCCCGCCCUCUUCUGCCCAGCCCACCGAGGGUGUGGAGUCCCAGGAGGAAGUUCCCCCUGGCUCCCCAGAUCCAACCCCAGGCACAGCCACAACCCCUUCAGAACAGCCUGCAUCUCUCCCAGAAGUUGUCCUCCGAACCCGAACCUCCAGUGAAGGGUCUGAACAUCAGAAGAAGAGAGCCCCCGUCCAGCGGACCUCAGCACCCCCUAACAGGCCUCCUCCGCCCAGAGCUAGAACCCCCUCGGGGAACAUAGCCUCCAGUCCUGCAGCCUCUGAACCGGGCUCACCCACCAGCCCCAGGGCCUCCCUGGGGGCCGGGACUCCAAACCCUAGUUCUAGGGCCACUUUGGAGGUUUCUCUCGAUCCACAGCCACCACAGAAGCCAGUAAGAACUCCUGAGGACGGAGAAAAGCAAAACGCCGCCAAUCUGAACCCAGAUCUUUGUACUUCCCCCACCUCGGUGAUCCCUCAGGUUUUUUCAGAAUCUGACAAGGCAAGUAAGAUGGAAGACAAAGAGGAGAAAAAUAUCUUGGCUGACUCCCCUGAGAGCCCAGGUCUCCAGCUUCAUGCCUCUGUGGUUCCAGAAGACAGUAACGUCGCAGCACCUGAGCAUCAAGAAGAGGUAUCUACAAAUCAAAGUGCAUAA